AUGUUGGACCGUCAGAUCCGCUGUGCGGACCCGACGAAAUCGCCACUGCUGUUUGCAGCACUGGCCGAUAUGAAGGGAGAGUCGGCGGCGAACACGUCGAGAGAAUCGGUCGAGGUCGGACCGCCGAGCCCACGCCCACUCGCCACACCCCGCAUCGCUACGUUCAACCUGGAGUCGCCGUUGUCGACGAAACGCGAAAAGUCGAAGAUGACGCCGAGAUUCAGGCGCCCGGCGCCGAAAGUGAUCAAGACGGCGCCGCCGAUGCGCAGCGUCUACUCGGUCACCAGGGACCCGAUGCCACGAUUGGUCUCCACGGAUGGUACGUUUAGUUUUUAACUUAUUUAGGAACAAUUUCUAGUGUAAAACAUGGGUUAUUGGCCAAAUUUGAGCGCGAAACUAUCGGCAAUGGAGCCUAAAAAGCUUACAACCUUCAACUGCCAAAAUUUGGUCGAUAACCCUUGUUUUCCACUCCUAACAAGCAAAAACGAAUUCUCCGUUUGCAGGAUCGACGGAACCACUGCACAGUCCGAUCUACGACAUCUCGAAGCGGCUCUCGUUCUUCGAGCAGACGUUCCAGAUCAACGAGAUAAUCGGCAAAGGCUCAUUCGGCGAAGUGUUCUCGGCGCGUUCGCUCGAAGAUUCUCGAAUGUACGCGGUGAAAGUGUCGAUAUCGCUGGUGCGCCACAACUGUUCGAACAAGUACCGCGAAGUGAAGAACCACAUGCUGCUGCCCUCUCAUUACAAUCUCGUCGAGUUCAAACGUGCGUGGGAGGAGGCCGGACGGCUGUACAUUCAGACGGAACUGUGCGAGAUGAGCCUGCUCACCUUCUGCACCCACUUGCACCAGCUGCCCGAGGCCACCCUCUGGAAUGUGCUCAUUGAUUUGCUCAAUGCGGUGCACCAUUUGCACUCGAACGACAUGAUUCACGACGAUAUCAAGCCGGAGAACGUGUUGCUCACCCGCGAGGGCAUUUGCAAGCUCGGCGAUUUCGGACUCGUCAUCGACCUGAAAAAUGUAGAGUUUUCCACUGAAAAUGCAGUUUUUCACCAACUUUUUUCAGCCGAACGACGUCAAAACGGCCGAGGAGGGAGACAGCAAGUACCUGGCCCAGGAAGUGCUCAACGGCCAGCCGUCGAAGGCGUCGGACAUCUUCAGUCUGGGUGUGACGCUGCUCGAGGCGGCCACCGACCUGGACAUUCCGUCAAACGGCGAUGCGUGGCACCAGAUCCGCACCGGCAAGAUCCCCGAGCGCUUCUUCGAGGGCAUCUCGAGCGACAUGAAGUUCCUGAUCACGUGGAUGCUGGACGCGAAUCCGGCCCGCCGCCCGACGACCACCCAAUUGCUCCACUUCCCGUCGGUCAAGCGGCGCCUCCUGCGGCGCAUGGUGUUCGUCAAGUACGUCCACAUCAUCCACAACUUCAGGAGCGUCUUCUACGCCGUCAUCACCUGGUUCCUUGCGUUCCUCUCCGUGGUGUUCCACCCGCCGAUCGCCAUGCUCAGCGCCGUCCGGUCCCGUCGAUCCGCGAUGCUCUCCGAACUGGCGGGCCAACAACCGACGCAGCAGAACCAGCACACGCCGAUCCAGUCGCCCGAGGGAUCGAAGGUCUUCUCCGAGUCGCUGACCGGUCAUCUCGUGCGCAGUUCCACGCCGUUCGACCACUCGGACGACGAGAACACGGCGCACCGUCGGCUGUUCCCGAAUCCGCUCCCUGUCUCGCGCUUCAAUUUGGACGACGACGACGAGGAUGAGGACGAUGCCGAGCCGGCGACCUCCUCUUCCAAUUCGUCGGCCAUCGAGAGCAACGCGUCGCCGUCACGGCCGCUCAGAGAUCGUGCCUCCUGGAUGAGACAGUGAGUUUACCAGUUUUUUCCGUGUCAAUGCCGAAAACUUCGAUAUCAUCGCAAAUUUCCGCUGCUUGGGUUGACAACAAGCCAGUUUUGCUGAUUUUAUUCCAAAAACGAAGAGAUUUCGAUGAAAAUGCAUAAUCACUGUCUAAUAAUCCAAAUUUCUUUGCAGAGGAACUCCGAAAUCGGCGCGCAAGAUCAUACUGCCGCCGUUCGGAGCGCGCCCGACAACGCCGGCGGUCCCGGACGGAUUGCCGGCCCAACAAGACCACGGCGGAUCCGGAGACACGUUCACGAAUGCGGACCGCGCGGCGUGGAUGCGCAACAAGUACGAGCGGAUGAUGCGCAUGGAGGCCCGGCUCGAUUCGGACGACAACGACGCGGACGAGGUGAACGAGGAGCCGCUGCAGCACGCGAUUCCGCCGCCGCUCUCGUGCCCGCCGUCGAUGCUGAUGAGGAACCUACGGCGCGUGAUGCGCCCGGCGCCGUCACUAAACUUCAAGAUGCUCGACGAUCCGACGGAGCAGCCGCUAAAGCCGGAGACGAAGAAGGAGGGAGAGAAGGAGCCGACUGCGGAGACGUCAAAAAGGAUCCAGCCGAUGCGGGUGACUCGCUCGAGAGCGGUGGGUAAUGAGGAGGACCAGGAGUGUCUUCCGUCUCCCGCCAAAAGCGUCAAGAAAAUCUAGUUCAAUUUCCUUCUUCUUCUUUUAUUGUUUCUCUCCCCCCACUCCAUUUUUAUAUAAUAAUUCAUCAUUUCCACCCCCUCAAUUCAAUUACUAUUACUAUCGGGGCAUCUCAAAGUGAAUGCGCUCAGUUAAGAAGCUCCUAAUUUUGCAGAGUUUUCUCUGUAUUUAACUGGCACGCAUUCACUUUUAAAUGCGCCGAUAGUGUAAUUUUGAUCUUCAGAGAUCGUUGCGCAACUCGGCGUCGGGCGACUGA